AUGGCUCAGCUAUGUCAAAAGUCCUACAGACAUGAGCUUGAGCCCACAUUUGAGACAGCACUUCACAAAUGUCGAAUCAAACUACUUCAUUUGCAACGCGUUACGCAGCUAACCCCUGAAAAACUGAUUUCUCGGGCACCAUCCAGAAAGACUACAAACCGCUUUGAUAUAGUGAACAGUCUUGAUCCAGUCAAAUUCAGUCCGCCAGCUGAGGCAAAAGAGACUCAAUAUUCCGCUAUGUAUACAGGCCAUCUAACUUACAGCAGCGUCACAAAGCUGAAUCCUUUUGCUGGAGAAGAGCGCUACGCAAAAGUCGAAGACUUUCUUCACACUGAUGCAGAAAAGACGCCAAAGGCAAUUCCUCCUCAGGUACCCCCAAAAUUGCCUCCCAAGGCAUACAAGUCACCUCGAAUGAUGCACUCGCAAUCCGAAGGGAACGUCGUCUUCCGUCAUGAGCCACCCAGCUCAUCGGCUGGAAGUCAAUCAAGUCACAUGGUUUCUAGCAGUGAAGAGGACCGUACUCGAAUAAGCGAAGAUACGGCUUCGUCGUCAUCGUUCUCGCGAGGACGUCCUCGGCUGAGAACGCCGUCACCAAACAAGGAGCUCGAACGUAUACAGGAGGUUCAGCCACCCCAAAGCCCACCAUUUAGCCCUUCGAAGCGGUCUCGGUCACCAUUGAAACGAUUUUUGGGGGAGAAGGGAUGGCUCGGGAAAAGCAUGAGUAUGAACGAGAUGCCUAGUGGAGAGAACCGCAAGAGCCCUUUUAGGAGUCUCGGUAGCAAGAUAAAGAAGGGAGUCGGAAAUAUAACUGACAACGUUUCUAAGUCAAUUCCGAGUGGGACGUCGCCUUCACGCUCAAAGUCUCGUGGACCGUCCACUUUCCAUGUGUCUUUGAGCCCUCCAAUGCAGGCGAAACUAUAUUCAGAAAUUGAGCUUAUGAUUUGUGCGACCGCAAAUCAGUAUCUGAAUGACCAAGUAACGAAAGAUCGGAUGUCAAUUGAGUCAUUGCAGAAGGUGAUUUCGUAUUGGGAAGCCAAAAACCGACCGCAAGUGAUUGAAUUCAUGUUUAAUCAGGGAACUCAGCGAGAGCUCAUCCAGGCCAACCUCGAAACCUUCCGCUUCUAUGGACCAACUGCCGCUAACGUUGUAGCCAUGAACAGCAUGAUGCGGUCAUGGAAGACGCUCGCAAAAGAAAUGUCAGUCCGAACAUUCUGUACCCCUGACUCGGCAGUGAGAAAGCAUUUGCAGGAUACUUAUAAGAUUCUUGAGUUCCUCGGCGCACCUCUCGUGACGUUUCUGGCUUUUCAGGAGAUCUCAAUCAAAGCAAUGAAGAUCAUCACAGAGGAGCAAAAAAGGAAGGAUGGCCUCAAGACGGUGACUUUCGGAGUGGAGAGGCAAUGGCAGGUGCCUCGAAGAAGUGCUGAAGAGGUAGAGAGAUUGGAAAGAGAGAACCCGUUUGCUUGA